AUGGCGGCGGGAGCGGGAGCGCGGGCGCGGGGUCUCCUUUGGGCGGCAGUGGUGGCACAUGUGGUGGCGUCAGGCGUGGGUUUUGUGGAGGAUCUGGAUGAGUCGUUUAAAGAAAACCGUAAAGAUGAUAUUUGGCUUGUAGAUUUUUAUGCACCUUGGUGUGGCCACUGCAAGAAACUGGAGCCUGUGUGGAAUGAAGUGGGCAUAGAAAUGAGAAACAUGGGCUCUCCAGUAAAAGUUGGGAAGAUGGAUGCAACUUCCUUUUCUAGUAUUGCAUCUGAAUUUGGAGUACGAGGCUAUCCAACAAUUAAGCUCUUAAAAGGUGACUUGGCAUACAACUAUAGAGGACCUAGAACCAAAGAUGAUAUAGUUGAAUUUGCUAAUAGAGUGGCAGGACCACUUAUCAGGCCACUUCCUAGCCAGCAUAUGUUUGAGCAUGUGCAAAAGAGACAUCGUGUACUUUUUGUGUAUGUUGGUGGUGAAUCUCCUUUAAAGGAAAAAUACAUUGAAGUUGCUUCAGAACUAAUAGUUUAUACGUACUUUUUUUCUGCCUCAGAAGAUGUGGUGCCUGAGUAUGUGACAUUGCCUGAAUUACCUGCUGUUAUGGUCUUCAAAGAUGGAACUUACUUUGUUUAUGAUGAGUAUGAAGAUGGUGAUUUGUCAUCCUGGAUAAACAGAGAAAGGUUUCAAGGCUACCUUAAUGUUGAUGGCUUUACACUGUAUGAACUUGGAGAUACAGGAAAACUUGUGGCAAUUGCAGUCAUUGAUGAUAAAAACUCUUCAGUGGAACAUACCAGACUAAAGUCCAUUAUUCAGGAAGUUGCUAGAGAUUAUCGGGAUCACUUUCACAGGGAUUUCCAGUUUGGCCAUAUGGAUGGAAAUGAUUACAUUAACAGUUUACUAAUGGAUGACUUGACAAUCCCUACUGUUGUUGUAUUGAAUACCUCCAAUCAGCAGUAUUUUCUACCAGAUAGGCACAUUGAGAGCACAGAAGACAUGGUUCAGUUUAUUAACAAUAUCUUGGAUGGUACAGCAGAAGCACAGGGUGGUGAUGGACUUCUGCAACGAUUCAAGAGAAUAAUCUAUGAUGCCAAGUCUACUAUAAUGUCUGUGUUCAAGAGUUCACCACUGCUGGGAUGCUUUCUCUUUGGGUUGCCCCUGGGGGUCAUCAGCAUUAUGUGUUAUGGAAUCUGCACAGCUGAUACAGAUGGAGAGGUAUUUGAGCAUGAGGGAGCUAAAAAGGAAAGUGGCGAUCGAGAGCUCACAGACGAAGGCAGUGAGGAAGAACAAGAGGAAGAAAAGAAUGGAAAAUACACAGAACUUUCAGAUGGAGAGCUUAAACAGAAAGACAUAAUGGAAAAGAAAAAAGACUAACUUGUUUAGCAGAAGAAUUCUCUAGAAUUUCCAAAUAGAUUUAUUUAUUGAAGGUUUUCAUUAAUUGAUGAUCUUCAUGACAGAGGACUGUUUUGUCUGCAUUAUGGUAGUUUUGACUUGCAUGUAUUCAAAUUUUCUCAGAAAUUGACAGAAAAAAAAAUGGAUGUUUUCUUAAUUGUCCUUAUUAACAAAGAGCAACUUAAACUGAAGAAAUUUGCAGGUACAGUUCUAUACCAUUUUUGGAAGAGUUAUGAAUUGUUCAUUUCCAGAACAGUGAGAUAAUGUUACUUGGCCUUACUGUAUGUGAUGAACUGCUGCUUGUAAUAGCCCAGCUAAGCACUCAUUCAUAUAAAAUUAAGGCUGAAAACUAAGAAAGAUGAAGAGAGCUGUGAAGUCUUUCAGAGCCUGAUAGCUAAAGACAAGUUAUGAAUUUUCCAAGAAGUCACAUCUUCUACCUUUUGCAAAUUAUUAUGAGAAAAAAAAAAAAAAACACAAACCAAGAAGCUUUUCUUUUUUUCUCAAAUUAAAUGUAAACUCUUAUGAAUUGGAGGACUGUUCUACCAUGUAAUAAUAUAAAUAUUGGCAGUCAAGUAUAUUUGCUUGAUAUAGGAUGUGGGAGUUAAAUUCUAAGUUAAGUGUUUACUAGUGCUCUAGCAGUUGAAAAUAUUGGAAAAGUAUGUUAUAAACCUUUUAGAACAUGAUUGCCUGUUGUUUUCUAUGAGUGCUUGCACGGACUUAGUGUGAAAGGUAUUAAGUUUGCUAAAUCCUCGGCAUAACUUGAUAAAGGAAGACAUAAAUAUAAAGACCCUCUGACGAUUUUGUAUAACUCUCUAAUGACAACCUUUUUGAAUGGUGUAAAUUUGAUUUACAGUGUUUAAUUGAGAUUGUUAUAUAUCUUUGAGGUAGUUGGUUUUGUUUGAGAUGGUUACUUACUAUGAAGGAGGGAUUUAAAGAGCAUAAUAUUAACAUUUAUAUAGAUUGAUCAGUAUAAUGCAUUUUUCUUACCUUUCUCAUCAUAAAAUUCACUUUGAAUAUAACCCUGUGACUCUGAAAAGGACUAAUUUGUGUCCAGGGUUAAAAUAUUCACGGGGAAGCUAUAAAGGAGCCUUUGGCAUUAGUGUCACAGAGAAUACCACAGAACUUACAUUGCUCCUCCUUGAACUACUCCUUGCUGGGUUUUUUUCUUUUUUUUUCCCCUCUUUUGUUCAAAGCUAUAUUACUUUAUAAUACAAAUUGUAAUAUCUUCCUUAUAAGGCAGCUUGAUCACAUAAGAAAUUACUAUGCUAUAGCACUAAAUUAAGGAAUUUCAAAUAAAAAACAUGGAUAAGCUUAAAUAGACAGGUUCUGUAUUUGAGUAAAUCUGAUGAUGCUAUAGAAUCGUGACGAGGGAAAACAUUGUAUUCUUUUUCCCUGUAGGAUAGAAACUUGUUUCUGCUGUUUAAGUAGCUUGGUAACAGUUGGCUUCAGCUUGCAAUGCAGAGUAGAUCCCUGACUUGAAAGAUGUUGUUAUCAAACAGUAUGAACAACAUGUAAAGAGAUUAGGAAUAUUUUUCAGAAAAAUUCUGUCUGGUUUUGAAUCCAACCUUUUUCCUUUCGGGUGGAGGGA